UGUUUAAAGGUGUGGUGCAGAAAACUAUUUUUUAAAAGUGACCGACUCGUACCACAGGAAAACAAAAAAAGACAUUUUGAUAUUAACAAUUAAUAAAAUCGGGCAAUUUAAUAAUAAAUAUCACCUAAAAUGAAAAACAUAUCUGUUUUCUGCAUUGCUAUGGUACUAUUUGUACUCGGAUUAGUUAUUGUUCGUUGCGAUGACAGUACAACAGCAUGUAAAACUUUGGAAAAUGAUUACAGUGUACUCCUUAAACUGAUAAAACUGGAGGAGGAGGUUAUGAAACAAGGAGCAAUAAUUAAAGAACAUAGAGAAGAAAUAAGAGAAAAUCGUAAGGCCUUUGAGAAGCACAAUGCAGAUGGAUCUACGUACAUUCGUUGGGGUAGGACCAUGUGUCCAAGUGGAGCUACGGAAGUAUACAAAGGCUAUAUAGCAGGUUCAUUUUACACACAUAGUGGGGCAGCCGCACGUCCGUUAUGCUUAACUACCAAACCUACAUGGGGCUAUUAUACAACAAAUGAAGAAUCAUCUGCAUUUAUUUACGGAGCCGAGUAUCAAGCAGAUGGGUACAGCAGAUGGAGCUCAAUACACCAACAUGACCCGCCAUGUAUUGUUUGUCGCGUACCCCAUAAUGACGUGUUAAUGGUUCCAGGCACUAGCGUUUGUCCAAAUUCCUACAGUCUACAAUACAACGGUUAUUUGAUGGCGGGCCAUCACGCACAUCCGGCAGCUACAGAUUACAUUUGCGUUGAUGGUAAUCCUGAAACAAUUGACAGAAGUUAUGCAAACACUAAUGGAUUUUUGCUUUACUUUGUCCAAGCCCAAUGCGGUUCUCUCUCUUGUGGACCUUAUGUACAAAGCAGAGAGAUAACAUGCGCUGUGUGUACGUUUUCUUUAUAACACUGAAUCCCGACUUUGAAUUUUGUACAUUGGCAAUUGAUUUACAACGAAACGCAAAUUUUAUAUUAAUUCAGAUGUUACUUUUAUAUUUCUAUUAAACAAUUUAUCAUUUAUCAAACAUGCAGUAUAGUUAUUCAGUUUAUACAGGGGACAUGUGCUUCAUGUGUGUUUUGAUGUAACAAAAGUGCUAUAAAUUCAAACAUUUUUACUUAUUUUAGAUAUGAACAAAACUUCAAAAGUAUCAGUGCUUCGAAAGAAAAAAACCACUAUAUAUCUAAACUUUAUUAUUUGUCUGAUGACUUUCGUAUAUUAACAAUGAAAUGUUAUUAAUCAUUAUCAUUUAUGAUGAUCGCUAGCCAUGCACCAGAAUUUAAAUAGGUGGAAUAUUUGUUCGUUGAUUUUUCAUUAAUAUGGUUCUAUCAUAAAAUUAGUUGACCAUCUAGCAAACAUAAAUACAUUCUUUGUACAUGUAAAAACAGUAUAUAAUUCA